UGUCCACUUCAGCUAACGUCACACAUACUUUGGGAGUGCCGCCGUGAAGGUUUCGUCCAGCCAAUUGCAGCAGUUCUGCCACGUGCGUUGCUGUGCGCCUAUCGAGUAGCCGAUGUGAAGGAAUUUGUUGCAUUGAGUGCGCAGAUGCUCAACACCCGAUCAUUCCCAUGCUUCGCUUCGAUCACUGAACAGAUCGCUGCCAAUCUAAAUCUGAUUCGUAGCGGAUAUCCACCGCUUGUGCCCGUUCUUGGCACCAACAUCUCUCAAGCCGAGGUUCGCUCUCAGCUUCACUUCUAA